UUUUUUUUUAUUCACAUACAGUCAACACCAUGGCCAGCCAACAUAAACUUAUUUUUACUGGAUUAUUGAUUUCUAUUUCAAUGCACUGGACUUUGUCCAUUUCAGAGGAAGAGCUCCAUGCCAGCUACUGGAACAACAAAGCGAGACAGGCUCUUCACAAUGCCCUGAAUGUUCAGCCUAAUAUUCAUCAAGCCAAGAACAUCAUCCUCUUCCUGGGGGAUGGUAUGGGAGUAACGACAGUGACUGCUGCCAGGAUCCUCAAAGGCCAGUUGGCAGGGGAAUCUGGGGAGGAGACCAGUCUGGUUAUGGAUACCUUUCCUCACCUGGCGCUGUCUAAGACGUACAAUGUGGACCAGCAGAUGCCAGACAGCGCUGGCACAGCCACAGCUUACUUGUGUGGUGUAAAGGCCAAUUCCGGCACCCUGGGUGUCACUGCCGCCACCCCAAGGGGCAACUGUAGCGCUGCCUAUGGGAACGAAGUCACAUCGGUUUUGAACCGUGCCAAGAAAGCAGGAAAGUCUGUGGGAAUUGUCACUACAACCAGAGUGCAGCACGCCUCUCCUGGUGCAAACUACGCUCACACUGCCGACCGAAGCUGGUAUUCUGACUCCGACCUCACCCCUGAGGCAAUCCAAAAUGGCUGCCGUGACGUUGCCUACCAGCUGGUUCAUAACAUAGAGAUAGAUGUCAUUCUUGGUGGAGGUCGUCAGUACAUGUUUUCGAGAACCACGCCAGACCCUGAGUAUCCAACUGAUAGAGGAGACCGAAAUGAUGGACAAAAUCUUGUUACAGAGUGGUUAAAGAACAAAACGAAUGCUAAAUAUGUUUGGAACAAAGCUGAAUUUGAUGCCAUCAAUCCUGCAAAUACAGACUUCCUGAUAGGUCUCUUUGAGCCCAAAGACUGCCGCUACGAGUUGGAGCGUGAUGCAUCCAUGGACCCCUCCCUUACGGAGAUGAUGGAGAAAGCAAUUAAGAUUCUCAGCAAGAACCCAAAGGGAUUUUACCUCUUUGUAGAAGGCGGAAGAAUUGACCAUGGUCACCAUGGAGGGAGGGCCAAAUUCGCUCUCUAUGAGACUGUUGAGUUUGACCGGGCGAUCGGGCGAGCAGCUGAACUCACCAGUGAGCUAGACACCCUGUCUGUGGUCACUGCUGACCACUCCCAUGUCUUUGUCGUUGGAGGAUAUUCUGCCAGAGGAAACUCUGUUUUAGGAGUGUCUCGCAUAUUAGCAGACGACAAAAAGCACUUCACUACUGCUGUGUAUGGAAAUGGACCAGGAUACCGAGAAGGAGCACGCCCCGAUAUGAAUGAGACAAUUUCAUCGACUAAUGAGUAUCUUCAGCAGGCUCCUGUUCCUCUUGACUCAGAGACCCACAGCAUAGAAGAUGUAGCCAUCUUUGCAAAAGGCCCCAUGUCACAUCUUUUCCACGGGGUCCAGGAGCAGAACUACAUUGCCCACGUCAUUGCUUAUGCUGCCUGCCUGGAGCCCUACGAGAACUGUGAUCUGCCCCCACCCGACCACGCUGGAUCCAUCCACCCCAGCCUCCUGCUCCUCCUGAUGAGCCUCCUUCUCCUCUCCCUCUGCUCUGUCUGAGAUGACAGCCUAUGGAAAAUGUGUCCUGACCUUUGAAUAGCUGUGCUAUCUGACAUUUGAUUUAAAAAAGUGUUGUUCUUUACACCAUUGGUUCUCAACUGUUCUGGCUGCGGGACCCACCAUCACCCCUUAAUGACAAGCCGGGACCCACGACCCAAAUUAU